AUGUCCGACAAGCCCGCACCACCAGCCGACGUGCCCACGACGGCGGCUGCCAGCGAGGAUGGAGGUGACGCUGCCGGACCGUCCAAGAAGGCGCUGAAGAAGGCCGAGGCCAAGGCGAAGAAGGAGGCGGAGAAGGCUCGUCGGGCGGCCGAGCACCAGGCGAACCAGGCCGCUGCCAAGGCGGCGGCGGGCAACACCGAGGAUCUGGCCAAGGAUAACUACGGCGAUGUGACGCCCCUGAUCAAGGUCGGCGCCGACAGAGUCCACCUGCGGGACGUUGGCGACGAGCACCUCGGCAAGAAGCUCAAGCUGCGGGCUUGGAUCCAGAACUCGCGCAUGCAGGGCGCCAAGAUGGCCUUUGUCGAGCUGCGGGAGGAGAGGAACUGGGCGAUCCAGGGUGUCGUCGCCGCCAGCGCCGACGGCAAGCCGGUGAGCAAGCAGAUGGUCAAGUGGAUCGGCGGCCUCAACCUCGAGAGCUUCGUCCUGCUCGAGGGCACGGUCGAGAAGCCGCUCGAGCCGGUCAAGAGCGUGCGGGUGUCCAACUACGAGUUCCACAUCACCAAGUGCUACCUCGUCGCCCCCGGUCCCGAGGUCCUGGGCAUGGGCCUCGUCGUCGCCAACAAAGCCGUCACCAACUUUGACGACGAGGAGGCCCCCCAGGAGGCCGUCGAGCAGGCCGCCAAGGGCGUCGAGGCGGUGAGCCUCGACAAUGUGCCCAGCGCCAGCAUGGCAACCCACCUCAGCAACCCGGCGAUGCACAAGCGCUCGCCUGUCCAGCAAGCCAUCGCCGACGUGCGGAUGAUGACGAGGAAGCUGUUCGCCGACUACCUCGACGCCCGCGGCUUCAACCAGUUCGAGCCGCCGUGCUUGAUCGGCGCCGCCUCCGAAGGUGGUGCCAACGUCUUCAUGCUGCCGUACUUUGAGAAGACGGCCUGCCUCGCCCAGUCGCCGCAGUUCUACAAGCAGAUCGAGAUUGCCGGUGGCCGGAAGCGCGUCUACUGCAUCGGGCCCGUCUUCCGAGCCGAGAACUCCAACACGCCGAGACACAUGACCGAGUUCACCGGCCUCGACAUCGAGAUGGAAAUUGAGGAGUCGUACCACGAGGUCCGUGACAUGCUCGAGGGCGUCCUGCUUCACAUCUUCCGCGGCCUCAGCGAGAAGUGCGCCGAACAAAUCGCCAUCGUCCGCUCCGUCUACGCCUCCGAGGAGUUUCUUCUUCCCGAUCCCGGAAAGGAGGUGCGGCUCACGUUUGCCGAGGGCCAGGCUCUCCUUCGCGCCGAGGGCCCCGAAGAGUUCCGACAGGUGAGCGAUGACGAGGACAUGUCGACGCCGCAGGAGAAGGCGCUCGGCGCCAUCAUCCGCCGAAAGUACCGCACCGACUUUUACGUGCUCGACAAGUUCCCCGAAGGCGCUCGACCGUUCUACGCGCUCGAGGACCCCGAGGACAACAAGAUCACCAACUCGUAUGAUUUCUUCAUCCGCGGACAGGAAGUGCUCUCCGGUGGCCAACGAAUUCACACGCCGUCACUGCUCGAGGAGCGGAUCCGCAAGAAGGGCAUCGACCCGACGAGUCCGGGAAUCAAGGAGUACGUCGACGUGUUCAGGAGCGCCGGCGUCCCCCCCCACGGCGGCGGUGGCAUCGGUCUCGACAGAGUCGUGGCCUGGUACUUGAACCUGCCGAGUGUGCACCUGGCAAGCUACUAUCCUCGCACGCCCAAGCGACUGAUGCCUUGA